UGCUGUCGACGUAUUAUCUCGAUAAAUGUAAGAUCUCGAGCAGUCCCUGCGAAAACCGUACGCGUAUCAGAUCUGUAUACGGUUUUGAGGCCGCGUCAUUUCGUCUUCGCGAAACUCUCAUUGUGACUGAAUACCGAGGUGCGGAGCAACGUGUUGCUCGUCGUUUGCAGUGUCAUUCGCGACGUUUCAGAACGCACACAUUACUCGGUGGCUGCUGAAAGGACAAACUGGGACUGGGAGGACAGGAUAUCGUAAGGAUUCUGCACUGAUUUCGAACAGGAGAAAACGUGUGAAGAAGGAAGCGUGUUGCUCGUCGUUUGCAGUGUCAUUCGCGACGUUUCAGAACGCACACAUUACUCGGUGGCUGCUGAAAGGACAAACUGGGACUGGGAGGACAGGAUAUCGUAAGGAUUCUGCACUGAUUUCGAACAGGAGAAAACGUGUGAAGAAGGAAGCGUGUUGCUCGUCGUUUGCAGUGUCAUUCGCGACGUUUCAGAACGCACAUGUUACUCGUGGCUCCUGAAAGGACAAGCAGGGACUGGGAGGACAGAAUAUCGUAAGAUUCGUAAGGAUUCUGUACUGAUUUCGAAUAGGAGAGAACAAGUGAAGAAGGGAACGUGUGCCAGUAGUACGAGACAACGCGACGUGCAACGUGAGGAAAAUGUCUUUUCAACAGUGGCUGCACAUACGGCACAACAUCGACAUACCGUGGAAGGCUUUCGUGAGGGAGUCGUCCAGCGUGCAGGAUAAAUCCCCGGAGAGAUGCAUUUGUCAGUUGACCUUCCAAGGAAACGAAGCGAGGGCUGCCUACGAAGAGGUCAUUCACCAAACCGGUAACGGCAAUACUCCGCCGGCAAGGCUGAAGCAUUCGAGGUCAAAAGCCACUGGGAAUCAAGGCAUUUCCGGCACAAAUCCGACCUCCGUUGUACAAACGAAGAAGAGCACACUUUCCGACGAUAUUCUAGCAAAAGUCACAACCAAUACGUUGUUGAAAGCAGUGGAGCAGAAGGACCUGAAGUUCCUGCAAAAACACAUGACAACAGAAAAUGUGAAUGUGUCGGAUGACUUUGGUUGGACCCCGCUAAUGUCCGCCGCUUACUGCGGCCACCUGGAGAUCGUGCAGUUCUUGCUAAAUCUCGGGGCUAACAAAAGAACUAGGGAUAAGUCUGGUCUUACCGCGGCGCAAUUAGCUUUGAAAAGAAAUUAUUUGAGUAUAGUGGCGCUGUUGAGAAAGAAGUCCGACUCGAUAAGCGGUAUCAGUCAGUUGUCCGCGAAUAUUUCAAAUAUAAAUACUACAAGUGUAAAUAAUACAAAUGCUUUAGCGGUAAGGUCAAUGACUGUAGAAUCUUCGGCGGAACACAAUAAAGACAAUUUGAUGGAAGAGAAGACACGACUGAAGCAGAACGCGGCGUUUUACUGCGAAGUCUGCAAAGCAACCUUUCAAGAAACAACGCCGCAGCAACAUGAAAGUUCAACUCUGCACAUCUUUAACACAAAGCCGAAAUUGAAAUAUACAAUGUAUGCAAUAUCGAGGCAAAAUAAAGGAUACAAAAUGCUUCUCAAUACGGGAUGGGACGAAGAGGCUGGCCUUGGUCCUUCCGGGAAAGGAAUAAAAUAUCCAAUCAAAACAUGUUUGAAAAUGGAUCGCAAAGGAUUGGGACAAUUAAUGGAAAAUGAAUAUAAGAUUACCCACUUUAAGCCGGGCGAUACAACUGCUAUUAACAGCUAUAAAGUACCCAAGCAGAAACCUCUGAAGAAAAGGGAUAGGGAAAGACUACUUCACAGAGAGGCUAGGAAAGAAAGAGCUUUGCGUAUAGCAUUAUCUUAAAAUAAAUAUAGAUAAU